GUUUAUCGACAUGAACUCGAUGAACAAACUCGCAAUUACAGCUUCGGUGUUCGUCUUACCGGCCCUUUUUUCCUCCAACAGCGAGUAUCUGCAGUCAUCAAACUGUGUUUGGAGACAGUUAAAUAAGUAAAAGGCAUAACUACCCCAUACUUUCUAAUGGCCUCCACAAACGCCAGCACUCUCUUUGGCGGGGCUGGCUUAGGGGCUACAGCGCAAUCAGCGAGCAUCUUUGGAAACACGUCUAAGUCACCGGCCCUUACAGGCGGAACCAGCUUCGCAAAGCAGCCACAAGUACCACAGCAACCUACUCCGAGCUCGGUCUUUGGACAGAACCAGACGCAAGUCAAUGCAGCACAACAAUCUGGGCAAACGACUCAGCCUGCGUUUUUCAAUAGUCUCUUAGAACGCGGCAAGAAGAGACCUAUCUCUGCAAUUGGCCAAAACGGCAACUACGAGGACCUGCCGAGCCUUCAAUUGGGUCUCGACGAUAUUCGCAGGAAAGCUCGAGAACUCGGUGCUGGAGGAUCGAAAGAAUUCCAACAGCAUGUACCACACAGCAAGGCUCACUAUUUACUCGCUGCCUCCGGAGUAUCACCUGGUCAUGCCUUACGGGAUCUCAAAGCUCUGGAUCCCCAGGCAUCGGUAGCGACAACACAGAAGGAACAAGAUCUCUUUGAUCCAGAUAACCAAAAGUUCUUGAGAAGCAUACAACAGCGCGGCCGUCAGGUGAUGAUAACCGAGAGUCUUGCCCGGACCCACAGAGAUUUUGACUUAUUCUUGGAAGAAAAAGUUGACAUGGACUGGGAAGAGCAACGUCUGAAGAUCUUUCAACACUUCGGACUGGCGCAGAAGGAGGAUGGGGCCGGUGAUGCAAAAGCUGGAUUUGGACGCUCAGUGCGACGACCCAAGCAGCUCGGUCCUACAUCUACCAAUGGCCCUGCAUCUACAUCUCGUCGAAGUGUGUUCGGUCGUUCCGCUCUAGAAAAAUCCGUUAUCGGGACGCCAGGAACGGGAACAGCAAGCAUCCGACUAUUUGAAGAUCCCAUGGAUCGCAACGAUGGUGUUGGCCACUCUGAUCUUCGUUUCUUGCGAGAGAAGAUGGGCUAUUACGCAGACAAAGUCCGGCAGCUAAAUUCUGCUAGGCUACAUACAAGAACGUUUCCGGUUCUUCAUGAGUUCUCCGAUGUGGAAGGUCAUGUCGGUGGUGACGUUCCUCGACAAAUGUACGACGCUUAUAGAGCUCUGAUAAGCAUUGUGGGAGAGUCACCAAACGUCACGAACACAUCUGACCCUGCUGCCCUCGCAGAACGCCAGUUCUCUGAAGAUUACUUGGACGAAGUGCCAAAUUCACGCAGGGCAGUAAGUCUGAGGAAGCGGAUAGUUGAGGGCUCUAGGUCGUUCCUGGAGAAGCUUUUCUACGAUGAGAUCGAGAAUGUGAUAGCUAAGAACCCUCGAGAAGCGCAAUUGGGUGGCAUACCGACUGUGACCAAUAAGAUUCGCGCCUAUAUUCGACUCAGAGCAGCGCGGAAAGAUCUUGCUCCCGAUGGUACCGAGCUGCAGAUGGUCGGUCAGGACUAUUGCUGGAUUCUCAUAUUCUAUCUCCUCCGAUGUGGAUUCGUCACCGAGGCUGCGGAAUAUGUGAGCCAGGAUCCGGGUUUCCGGUCUUUAGAUCACAAAUUUGUGACCUACAUGACUACAUAUGCGCAGAACAGACGGUUACCACGAGAUUUGCAACAGAAAAUCAACGGUGAAUAUCAGCAAAGGUCCCGUAAUGCCCCCGAUAACACAGUCGAUCCUUAUCGUAUGGCCUGCUACAAAAUCAUCGGACGUUGUGAACUUAGCCGCAGACGCUUGGAGGGUGUGAACCAAAGCGUUGAAGACUGGAUGUGGUUGCAAUUCAGUUUAGCUAGGGAAGAUGACCGGGCGGAGGAGGUUGCUGGCGAUGUUUUCGGGCUCGAAGAUAUUCAGACUGACAUCACAGAGAUUGGCCAGCGAGUUUUCGGAAAGGGCCAAGAAGGACCUGGAGGUUAUGGGACCUUUUUCCUCCUGCAAAUUCUGGGAGGAAUGUUUGAGCAAGCUGUCUCAUAUCUUGGUUCUUAUGCACCGAUCACAGCCGUGCAUUUCGCUAUUGCCUUGGCUUAUUAUGGCCUUUUACGUGUGUCUGAUUUCUACACCUCGGGUGAAGAAAUAUUGUCCUUUACUGUGAAACAGUAUCCGCAGAUCAAUUUCGGCUAUCUUAUUACACAGUAUACAAGAGAGUUCCGCACAGGAUAUGUGGAAGCGGCGAUCGAUUACUUUACUCUGCUCUGUCUCAACGCCGAUCUUCCCGGAUCUUUGGGCAGAUCACAGGCUUCUGUGUGCCAUGAAGCGCUACGCGAAUUCAUUCUGGAAACUAGGGACUUCGCUAAAUUGCUCGGCGACAUCCGAUCUGAUGGAAGCAGAAUCAAAGGGUUGAUCGAACAACGUAUGAGUUUGAUCAAGUUAGUUGAUCAAGACGAGUUUCUCAAAACAAUAACGGUGCAAGCAGCAGCCAUUGCUGACGACAAGGGCCUGAUCACAGAUGCUGUUCUGUUGUAUCAUCUCGCCGAAGACUAUGAUCGUGUCAUCGAUAUUAUUAAUAGAGCCCUGUCCGAUGCCGUUGCUGUGGAAUUGGGCGGACCCGCCUUGAAAUUGCAGCCUUUAAGGCCCCGGGCCAAUCUGCAUGAGCAUGCUCCAGAAACUCCGCUGGAACCCGGAAGCAGCCUCAGCUUGACAACCGUGGAUGACCCGGUGAUUCUGGCAAAGAAUAUGAUUGGUCUGUACAACGCAAACGCGAUGUAUUACCAGCGAAUCCGUCAAGUCAAUCGUGACGCAUGUGGGUUGUUGCUUCGGAUGAUGGAGGCAAAGGUGGAAGUUGAGGCAGCCAAGUGGACGCCGGCUCUAGAUGCUAUCAAUGAUCUAAACAUUCUCCCACUACGCGCCAGAGGCUCCGUUCCCUACAUUAGGAGUGCUGCUCAAACCUUUUCGUCUUUUCCGCCAAUCAUCUCUCACAACGUCGGUCAUGUGAUUAUGUGGAGUAUCACUUGUAUUGGCCAUGAACGGGAACGACUGAGCUCCGGCGCGUACGAAAAUGAGAUUAGGCAAGGAUUGGCAGAUGAAUUACUCGUAAUGGCCAAGGACUUGAUGAUAUUUUCCGGGAUGGUGAAAUACAAACUACCGCCGAAAGUAUACGAGACACUGGCGCGAGCCGGGGCACAGAUUGGGGCGUAUUGAGCAGUGGUCAUAUCAAUGCCCAAGAUAGCUAUGGUGUCUAACAUAGCGUGGACUUUACUGUUCCGAUUUUCUUUAUGUUUAUAUCAAAGUACGACCGAAGUGGCUCUGUGAGAAACCGAAGUUCAGACUCUUGAAUAACAAAUCAACCACAAUCUCAUCUAAUCUCUAAAGUCGCCAUCUCUAUCUCUUCACUUAAAGAGCACAUUCUCAUGCGUGGCAAAGUUGUGCCUCUCGAAUCUUUGCAAAAAAUACACUGCCUUUUCAGGCUUUAAUGCCGCGAUAUGCAAGUGCCGGUAUUGAGUGAUUUCAGCAAACUGGC